AUGGGCCGAAUCGGUGACAUCUCGCCUCAAGGCAGCAUUGCCAUCGGAAUUAUUGUUGGCCUCCUGUCCACGUCGAUACAGAGUCUCGGCUUGACCCUCCAACGGAAGUCACAUAUCAUUGAAGAUGCGAAACAUAUCCCCGAGACGCGGCGACCUCCCUACAAGAGGCAGAAAUGGCGACUGGGCAUGUUCAUGUUUCUGAUCUCGAAUGUGGUCGGCAGCACCAUACAAAUCACAACACUGCCCCUGCCUGUCCUCUCUACCCUCCAAGCAUCGGGCUUGGUCUUCAACACCGCAUUCGCGACACUAUUACUCGGCGAGCGUUUCACUUAUUUCUCUCUUGUGGGCACGAUCCUCACAUGUUCUGGGGCCGCCCUCAUAGCCACGUUUGGUGCCAUUGGCGAACCGGCGCACAACCUGCAGCAGUUGCUGGAUCUUCUUCACGAACGGGACUUCAUAAUAUGGAUGGUUGUGACGAUGGUCGUGGUGGUCGCUACCAUUCUGCUUGCUCACGUCCUCAAGAUUUGGGCGUCUCACAAGCACGUCGUACAAAGUCUCCCCAAGGCUGAACGACCUCGGUCAGCGUCUACCAUUUCAGAUCGCACAGCAAUGAUGUCGCGUUCCUUCACGGCUCAGUUACCACAGCAAGUGAAAGUCAGACUGAGUCGCCUACGACUCACUCGAGGCCUUUGUUAUGCCUUGAUAUCUGGCAUUCUAUCUGCCCAUUCCCUUCUGGUUGCGAAGUCCGCCGUGGAGCUGCUCGUACGGACUAUCGUCGAUCACAAGAAUCAAUUCGGCCGCUUUCAAUCGUGGCUUAUCCUCGUCGCGCUUCUCUUUUUCGCGCUGACCCAGUUAUAUUAUCUGCACCUCGGCCUACGUCUUUGCAGCACCAGUGUACUAUACCCCUUUGUGUUUUGCGUUUACAACAUCAUAGCAAUUCUGGAUGGUUUGAUUUAUUUUCAACAAGCUUCAAGGCUCACUGCUUUGUCUGCCGGCUUCGUGGCGUUGGGCACCGUCAUACUACUCAGCGGCGUUUUGGCCUUGUCUUGGAGACUGGAUGACACUCCACCACAAGAGUCCGCUCAUCCAGUCCUCCCUCCAGCAACGCCUCUCACACCUGGGAUGGGCUUGGUGCAGUCGCCAACGGAGGAACGACCUCCACUGCUUCCCAAUGGACGUAAGCGGAGUUCUACAUCUGGUUCGAGACGUUCCACGGACGAGCAAACGCCGCUCCUGAUCGAUCGCAAACGACCACCCACUCUCUCCGGUCCAGCGCAACCGGACAGCAACAUAAGAGGUAUUUGGGCAGAACUUGACGACGAAGAAAGCCAGAGUGAUUACCUGGCAUCUUUACCUCGGACACGUUCUCCAUUUUUGGCCCACGGGACCAAAUCUCAUCGCCGUGGUGCUUCGGUUUCUUCCCAGGCCCUUACAACAAGCAGCCGACCAAGCUCGGCGGGAUCGAAAGAGCCUCGCGAGAAUGACGAGUCUGAAGAUCCUACUCCUAUAACUCAGCAUCCCGGACCCACUCACGGACCGUCCAUCAGAGCAGCUCAGGACCAACGUGGCGCGGAUGCUAUGGACGAGGCCUUCCAGUCACAGUCGCGCAACAGACAAAGGAGUACGUCUAUCCGCUUCGUGGAACAGGAAGAAAUGACCCAUGGUCACGAGUCAGGUUCCGACUCAAGGCGGGCAAGCCGGAGCCGCUUUGAUCAAGGCGCGGGGGUCAGAUGA